GUACACUUUUUAAUAUUUUUUAAUAUCGUGAACCGCAUUUCGACGGCUCGACGAUAGUUAGAGUAAUCGAUACUGUCGACUUGUACAUCGAUUGUUUAGCAGCUACAGUGCGGUUCAUGGAGUAAAAGGGCUGCGAAAAUAUGAUUGAAAUAAACAAAACUGCAAUUGGAAUUGCAGCGGGUCUGGCUGGAACCUUAUUCAUUGGUUAUUGCAUUUAUUUUGACAACAAACGCCGUAGUGAACCAGACUACAAAAAGAAAGUGCGCGAUCGUCGUCGGCGUAACCGCAAGGCUGGAUCUGCCAAGCAGGGAAUGCCAAAUUUAAAUGACCACGAAGCUAUCGAAAGAUAUUUUCUUCAAGAAAUUCAGCUAGGUGAAACCUUGAUAGCUCGUGGCGAUUUCGAAAGUGGUGUUGAACAUUUAGCAAAUGCAAUCGUAGUAUGUGGUCAACCCGCGCGCCUACUACAAGUGCUUCAAUCCUCUCUACCGGCUCAAGUAUUUGCUAUGUUAAUAAUCAAAAUGCAAGAAUUUGGUAAUAAGGCUUCAGAAUCUAGGGAAGGAUUGAUCACUGGAACUCGCUCGAACCAAAAUGACAGCUCUAUAAAUAUUUUAGAAACUUCCGGAUCUGCAGCCACUGAUGACUUAGAAUAAUAAUUACAAAUGAACAAAGGAGCCUGGCAUAUAUAUUUCAACAAAGAAUAGAUAAGGGCUGCAUAUUCUAAUUUAAUAAAGUUCGAUACAUUUGUAUUGUAUAAAUAUUGAA